AUGCAAACUUUCUGUUCCUCAUCUCACGGUCGUUUCUCGUAUAAUCGGUGUCGAAUUUCAUCAAUGUUUCGGAUACUUCACUAUAACCAAAACGCUUUCCCCUUAACAAUUACAAAACGUAUUUCACAUAAUUUUACUGCAGUCAAUUCCUGGAAUUUAAAGAUCCAUAUCCAGUCUCUGAUUAAGCUGGUUGGAAGUUUAACGUUUAUUUCUAAAGAUUUAAAAGAAGAGAUCAAAUAUUCAUUUGAAAACGUCGAGCAAGUAUUGAGUCGUGUUGGAAGCUCAUGGGAAGAUGUACAGGCUUCGUAA